UACUAUCUUUUACCCUGACAUUACUUGGAAGAAGAAAAAAAAAAAUACAAAAUACUUAUCCUGACAAGUUACAACUCAACCAAUUUAACCAGCCGGUCGACCCAGGUGAUCCAGCCAACCCGCAUAUCACACAACUGUGAACUGUCUCCGACGACUGACGACUACUAUCGUAUUCAACUUUCCUUCAUUAUUAUCAAGUAUCAACAACCCUUCCCCACUCUCCGUUCAAUCUCCAAUUCCCACAGCGUUUGUCUUCCCUUAUCAACAGAUCCCCGUUUCGAUUAUUUCCGUCUCGCCGUCGAAUCUCCUGAGGGAAGGAAGGAUUGGGUCGUCUCCCCGCUAAUCUGGUUUCCCCGGAUCCCGACCGCCCCACUGGAUCGCAGAGAUGCCGGUGGCUGCUUCCGCCAUCUACUUCUUGAACCUCCGAGGGGACGUCCUCAUCAAUCGCCUCUACCGUGAUGACGUCGGGGGGAAUAUGGUGGAUGCGUUUCGGAUGCAUAUUAUGCAAACAAAGGAACUUGGGACAUGUCCUGUGCGUCAAAUUGGAGGCUGUUCAUUCUUUUAUAUGAGGAUCAGCAAUGUCUACAUUGUGAUUGUGGUUAGCAGCAAUGCUAAUGUUGCGUGUGCCUUCAAGUUUGUUGUGGAGGCUGUUGCACUAUUCAAGUCGUAUUUUGGUGGUGCUUUUGACGAAGAUGCUAUCAGAAAUAAUUUUGUUUUGAUAUAUGAGUUGCUUGAUGAGAUCAUGGACUUUGGCUAUCCGCAGAAUCUGUCUCCUGAGAUAUUGAAGCUAUACAUUACUCAGGAAGGAGUGCGCUCACCAUUUUCAUCGAAGCAACCUUUGGAUAAACCUGUACCAAAUGCGACAUUGCAAGUUACAGGGGCUGUUGGUUGGCGAAGGGAGGGCCUUGCUUAUAAAAAGAACGAGGUUUUCUUGGAUAUUGUCGAAAGUGUUAAUCUUCUUAUGUCCUCAAAAGGUAGUGUACUACGAUGUGAUGUGACGGGGAAAAUUCUGAUGAAGUGCUUCCUAUCUGGAAUGCCUGAUUUGAAGUUGGGUUUAAAUGAUAAAAUUGGUCUGGAGAAAGAGUCACAACUGAAGAACCGUCCUACCAAAAGUGGUAAAACAAUUGAGCUGGAUGAUGUUACUUUCCAUCAAUGCGUGAACUUGACAAGGUUUAACUCGGAGAAGACAGUGAGUUUUGUUCCACCCGAUGGUGAAUUUGAAUUGAUGAAGUACCGUAUAACAGAGGGGGUAAAUCUACCAUUCAGGGUAUUACCAACAAUUAAGGAACUUGGUCGAACGCGUAUGGAAGUGAAUGUUAAGGUGAAGAGUGUUUUUGGCGCAAAAAUGUUCGCUCUUGGUGUGGUCAUCAAAAUUCCUGUACCUAAACAAACUGCUAAAACAAGCUUCCAAGUGACAUCAGGACGGGCAAAGUACAAUGCGUCAAUUGAUUGCUUGGUUUGGAAGAUAAGGAAGUUUCCUGGCCAAACUGAGCCAACCUUGAGUGCAGAAAUUGAGUUGAUUUCUACAAUUGCCGAGAAGAAGUCUUGGACACGGCCACCAAUUCAGAUGGAGUUCCAGGUCCCCAUGUUCACGGCAUCCGGUUUACGUGUUCGAUUUCUUAAGGUAUGGGAGAAGAGUGGAUACAACACGGUCGAGUGGGUUCGUUACAUCACAAAGGCAGGGUCGUACGAGGUUAGGUGCUAGAAACACGUGUUCUUUAUUAUUUUGAAAUUCGGGCUCUAUACACUGCUGUCGAGAAUGUUCGAUACACUGGAUGAUAUGCAAUUGCAUGCUGGCUCCUACUCCUUGAAGCUCAAUCAUUUGAAAAUGGAGGUUACGUGCAGUUCUUCUAUCCUUGUUUCCAUAUUGAGUUCAAUUGUUUCUGUUCUUCGGCUGCGAUCGAUUGUUGCUAUAUUCGGAUUUUGUGUUGUAAAUCAUGGUCUGUUGAUAGAACUUGGUAGUGGCAUAUUUCUUGGCACACUGCAGCUUGUUUGUUGCUUUUUCUUUUGGUUGGUGCGUUGUUGUAUAUUGAAGCAGACCCGAGCCAUUCUUGGGUAAAAGCAGGCAGAGGAUCUCUUGGUUGACUCUAUUACCGUUUGCAGGAUUUUUGCUUGUUGCCUACUUACCUUGCCCUCUAGUUGAAGAGUUUUCUCUCUUGUUCUCUUUUAUCCUUUUUGUCUUCUAGUAUAUGGUUGAAC